AUGCUUCAACUCGUUCUUUUGGCCUUUCUCGUCACCACUUUGUCAGCCGAAACGUGCAAUUUUAACGCAAUCUACAAUCCGAGUUUGGAGUUCUGCGUUUUCGCAUCGCAACAAGAAGAUACCUGGGAGCAAGCUGAGACUCGUUGCAAAGUGAUGGGCGGACAUUUAUUCUCGAUUCAUAACUCCUUCCAAAAUGAGCUUUUUGCUCAAAUUCAAAAGAGUUUUGUUGGAAGCCAAGGCUGGCUAGGCUUAUUACCCGAUACUUUCCCCUCAACCUGGGCCGAUGGGAGCCCAUUUGAUUACCAAAAUGUUCAACACUCAACUGAAUCGGCAGACUGUCUUACAAUGCAAUCAUCUGAAAAAUCUUGGCGCUACAAGAAGUGCACCGCUGAAUUGCCCUAUUUAUGUGCUCUACCUCCAGCAACUCUUACUUCAACAACUGGUCAAACGCGUUCAACGAGCUCCCCGACAACAACUUUUCUAACCACAGUUACAAGCUCAGUCAAAAUGUGCUGCCCUCUAAAUGGCACCUGUGGUCCUUCAACACGAGUUGAGCUCUGUAAUGUCAACGUUUGUCCUUUUCCGCGUCAACCUUGUGGUCCUGGGAGAAUACUUGAUGAGUACAACAAUGAGACAGCGUGUGGUCCUACGUUUGAAAUAAACACACCUCAAUUCAACGAUUGUUUGACAACAUGCUGUCCGGAUGGAGGAAUUUGGAGUGCUUGGGUGAAUGUCAGCCCUUUGCAACCUUUCAAUUUCAACAAUCACACUCUAUUUUGUGGAAUGUGCGCUACGCAAGAACAGACUCGAAAAUGUUUGUCUGCUGUGUAUGGAUGUCCUUGCGAUGGACCUACCACACAAACAAUGCACUUAACUGAUGAGCUUUGUCAGUUCCCAGUACCGACAUGUUGCUCGCCAUAUAUAAAGAAACUAAAUAUUACGCAGAGAAAGUACACUUGUCAACUUGAGGACGCACCAGUGGAAUUGGCACCAAUUGUGGAAAGGAUUUGCUGUCCACCGGACGGAAAUGGAUUAUGGAACGAUUGGAGUGAUUGGUCUAUAUGUUCUGCGACAUGUGGCCUUUGUGGUACUCAGAUUCGAACUCGAACGUGUGCUUCUCAACCAUAUGGAUGCCCAUGCACAGGAAAUUCAAUGGAAGUUAGGCGUUGUGGAGCUUUGGGGUGCACGGGAAAGCCUUGUUGUGACGGGACUUAUGAAGGCGUGGCUUAUGACGGCACAAUCUUUUGCCAGCUUGAGCCGCCGAUAACUUUUCCCGGCACUUGGCAGCCUUGGUUUGCCACCUCUUUCUGCAAUGACACUUGUGGUAUGUGCGGGACUAUGACGCAAGCACGUUAUUGUAUGCCGACUGGUUCACAAUGCAACGGGAACUUCACUCAACAGAUUGCGUGUGGCGAUGGCUGGUGCUCGUCGCCGAAGCCACCUUGCUGUCCGGGUUUUAUGAAGAGCCAGAAUCCAAUCACCAACGCUGGUAUUUGUGUCCCA